AAGCCGGGCGGCGGUAUAAAAAGCGGUUCGGCGGGUUCGACUCGCUGCAGUAGCGCGGAGCCGCCGAGGGGUCGUCGAGCAUCAGGGAGGAAGUCGCCCGCGAUCAGCUUUCAAUUAUAAUCUCUGGUAAAAUUUCCUUCAAGAUGCCCGAGGAAGUCCAGAACGCUUCUUCUCAAGACAUGGCGACGGAGGAAGAAGUUGAAACUUUUGCCUUCCAGGCAGAAAUCGCCCAGUUGAUGUCCCUGAUCAUCAAUACGUUCUACUCCAACAAAGAGAUCUUUCUGAGAGAGAUUAUUUCUAACUCCUCUGAUGCACUUGAUAAAAUUCGCUAUGAAAGCCUGACUGAUCCAAGCAAGCUGGAUUCUGGCAAAGAGCUGAAGAUUGACAUUACGCCAAACCAAAAGGAACGCACUUUAACCAUUUGGGAUACUGGUAUUGGGAUGACCAAAGCUGAUCUCAUUAACAACCUGGGUACCAUUGCUAAGUCUGGAACAAAGGCCUUUAUGGAAGCUUUGCAGGCAGGUGCAGAUAUCUCCAUGAUUGGCCAGUUUGGUGUUGGCUUCUAUUCUGCCUAUCUUGUUGCAGAAAAGGUUACUGUCAUCACCAAACACUGUGAUGAUGAACAGUAUAUUUGGGAAUCAUCUGCUGGAGGAUCGUUCACAGUGAGAUUAGAUCAGGGUGAGCCACUGGGUCGUGGGACCAAAAUAACCUUGCACUUGAAAGAGGAUCAAAUGGAAUAUAUAGAAGAGAAGAGGGUCAAAGAGGUUGUGAAGAAGCACUCUCAGUUCAUUGGCUACCCAAUCACACUUUAUGUGGAGAAAGAACGUGAUAAGGAGAUCAGUGAUGAUGAAGCAGAAGAGAAGGAAGAGAAGAAAGAAGAUGCAAGUGAGGAAGACAAACCAAAAAUAGAAGAUGUUGGAUCAGAUGAAGAAGAAGAUGAAAAGAAAGAAGGUGAGAAGAAAAAGAAGAAGAAGAUCAAGGAAAAAUACAUUGAUCAAGAGGAGCUGAACAAGACCAAACCACUUUGGACUAGGAAUCCUGAGGACAUUACCACUGAAGAGUAUGGAGAAUUUUAUAAGAGUCUGACAAAUGACUGGGAGGAACACUUGGCUGUAAAGCAUUUCUCUGUUGAGGGCCAGCUGGAGUUCAGAGCUUUACUCUUUGUUCCACGACGGGCACCAUUUGACUUAUUUGAAAACCGAAAGAAGAAGAACAAUAUCAAGCUCUAUGUACGCAGAGUCUUCAUCAUGGAUAAUUGUGAUGAGCUUAUUCCAGAAUAUCUUAAUUUUAUGAAAGGUGUUGUGGACUCUGAGGACCUACCAUUAAACAUUUCUCGUGAAACGUUGCAGCAAAGCAAGAUUCUGAAAGUUAUUCGUAAGAAUCUUGUUAAGAAAUGUAUGGAGCUCUUCAUAGAAUUGUCUGAGGACAAGGACAACUACAAGAAAUUAUAUGAUCAGUUUUCCAAAAACCUUAAGCUUGGAAUCCAUGAGGACUCCCAGAAUCGUAAGAAGCUCUCAGAGCUGCUCAGGUACCAUACCUCAGUGAGUGGUGAUGAAAUGGUGUCCCUCAAAGACUAUGUCUCACGCAUGAAAGACAACCAAAAGCACAUUUACUACAUAACUGGUGAAACCAAGGAUCAAGUGGCUAACUCUGCUUUUGUAGAGUGGCUGAGAAAACAUGGAUUGGAAGUGAUCUACAUGACUGAGCCAAUUGAUGAAUACUGUGUGCAGCAGUUGAAGGAAUUUGAUGGCAAGACUUUGGUUUCAGUCACUAAAGAGGGUUUAGAGCUUCCAGAAGAUGAAGAAGAGAAAAAGAAACAAGAAGAGAAAAGGAGCAGUUAUGAGAAUCUGUGCAAGAUCAUGAAAGACAUAUUGGAGAAGAAAAUUGAGAAAGUAACUGUCUCCAACCGCUUAGUUUCCUCUCCGUGUUGCAUUGUGACCAGCACUUAUGGGUGGACUGCCAACAUGGAAAGAAUCAUGAAGGCUCAGGCUCUUCGUGAUAACUCUACAAUGGGUUAUAUGGCAGCCAAGAAACAUCUAGAGAUCAAUCCUGAUCAUCCAAUCAUUGCAACACUGAAGCAGAAGGCAGAAGAUGACAAAAAUGACAAGUCGGUGAAGGAUCUUGUCAUUCUUCUCUUCGAAACGGCACUACUAUCUUCAGGUUUUUCGUUGGAAGAUCCACAAACUCAUGCUAAUCGAAUCUACAGGAUGAUCAAACUUGGUCUUGGAAUUGAUGAGGAGGACCCAAUUGCAGAUGAUGCUGCCCAGCCAGCUACAGAGGAGAUGCCACCAUUAGAAGACGAUGAUGAUGCAUCUCGAAUGGAAGAAGUUGACUGAAAUAACCAAUACAUUCUAUUUCAAAGUUAAAAAUUCUCAUGGUCUGUUGUAGUAAUUGGAUUUAAAAGUUCUGACAUCUGUUUUGUAACAGUAUCCCACUUCUGUGAAGUAUGGUUGAUGCUGCAGGUUUCCUUCCCCCCCCCCACCCCACCCCACCUUGUAAACUUGUUCAGUCAGUACUAGUACUGCAGGUUGUAUGUGGUUAAAUCUGCAAAAUAAAGUUGCUCGCCUGAAUCCA